GAAUGGUAGAAAGUCCUUAUAAAGCGGGCAUACGAGGAGAUGAGGGUAAAAGAAUUUUUCUUUCGUUUUCAAGUCAGAAAAUUCGAUCCCUUGUUAUUGUGAAUAACAUUUUUUUACUUCGAGGCGAAACGCUAAAGAGUAUUCGAGAUGCCGAGACACAUUUGCGGAUUGGCUUUAUUGCUAAGCUUUAUCAUAUCUUCCAUGGAUUAUACCUUUAGUUAUCCAGCGAAUGGUAUAAGCAACAUCAGGUCGAAAAGAUCUGCUUCAGAUUCUGAAAAUCCUGAAGAUAUAAUACGCGUUCUCAUGAAAUUAGCGCAAGACGUUAUACUGGAUUCUGACCCUGGAAUGCACAGUGAGAAAAGAGGAAUAGAUCUUGGUUUGUCAAGAGGAUUCUCAGGAAGCCAAGCCGCGAAACAUCUGAUGGGAUUGGCCGCAGCAAACUUCGCCAAUGGUCCAGGACGUAGAAGACGUGACUUAGAAAGCCAGUAAAGUGUUUUGAACCGAAUUGUUUGUGGAACAAUUGUUUUGUAAAUAAUUAUCAAAUCUGUUAGCAAAAACUAUCACCUGUUAAUAUGAAAUACUAUGAAAAUUUAUUUAAUUUUUUUGAAUGAAAAAGUGCAUUGAUUUAUUAAUAUAAUUUGUAAUAAAGUG